AUGUGCUGCCGAAUCGUCGUCGCACUGCCAAAGCAUUCAUUAGUGUUUUUGACUCUGAUUCGCAAGUGUUUUCUCGAUAAGAGCGACGGGGAAGCGCAAAGAGGCGCAAUAAUUAACUUGAUAUCGAACAAGGAAUCCAUCGUCGCGAACACGCCGUCCAGCGGCCACGACCCGCACUCGAUUGGCUAUCAAAUGAGUCGGGCAGCUAUCCGCGAAAUGACCAAGAUCUUGGGGGUGGCACUGAAAGAGCUCGAUGUCAUCGUGGCGUCGGUCGGCGUGGAUAUGGGGGAAAAGGAUGAAGAAGCGGUUGCGGAGCUGGUGAAGGCGAUCGGCUCGAUCGACAUGCAGCACUCGGCUGCCUACUGCGACCAUCGCGGCGAAAAGAUCGAGAAAAAGCGGGCACAUCAGCCCGGACAGAGUCAUCGUCGAACAUGGAACACGUACGAGUACUCGUUGAAGGCGUCGGAAAGGGCCGCCCUCGAGAAAGAAGCCGAAGAGGGCAUCAAGCCGAAGACGGCCCGCGAGUUGCUGCAGGCUCGCGACUACAGGGUAGACCUCGAGUCGAAGGUGGGCAAAAGUGUGGUGAUCAACACGACGGCUCCAAAUUGCGAUGCCGGCGGCUACUAUUGUAACGUGUGCGACUGUGUGAUCAAGGAUUGUAUCAACUUCCUCGACCACAUCAACGGCAAGAACCACCAGAAGAAUAUGGGGAUGAGCAUGAAGGUGAAACGGAGUACACUCGACGAUGUCAAGGCACGAUUCGCCUUCAAGAAGAAAGAGCAAGUGAGCCAGAAGCGCGAGGAGCAGAUCAAGGAGGCGCUGGAAGAGAUUCAAGAAGAAGAGGCCCGAAUGGUCGACUACAAGCAGGGAAAGCGGAAGGAGCGCAAGCGAAAGGCCGACCCAGAAGAUGAGGACGAUGGGCCAUCAGCGGGCUCGAGCGGUCUCGACCCCGAAAUGGCCGAAAUGAUGGGAUUCGGCGGUUUCGGCUCGCCCAAGAAGAAA